UGAGUUUAUAUAAAGCCCAUAUUUCUCAGGAGCUCCGCUUUCUCUUCUAUCGCUCUACCAACAAACACACUGCAUUGUGAGUUUGUGCCAUGUGCUAUUUUACCUCCACUAAAUGCCCUUAAUACUGAGAUCGGAAAUGAGAAUGCUCUAAUCCAGUGUGCUAUGAUGUGACGUCCCUGGUCCGUUGCCCCCAAGCUUUUCACAGCUUCCCCUCCCCUCCACCCCUCCCCUACACACACAUCCCCUGGAUGCAGCACGUCGGCCCUUUGCUCUGUUAAUCCAGUGAACACUCACUAUGAUCUGCCUGUAUUCUCUGCUCUGCUCUUGAGCUCUGAUGAUCCAACAAAUGAAUGACAGGACACCUCACUCUGAGAAGACACCAACAUUCUGUCCAGGAUUAUAACACUGCUGUGAACGUCAUCAGAUCAGAGCCCAUUAAUUGUAUGCUGGGGCUCCACUGGACUCAGUUGGGCCAGUUGAGUAUGAGGUCCCAUGCCUGCACCGUGACUUUCCUCCUGCCUGUUGCUCUUUACCUCUAUCUGGCCCCUGUGUGUUGGGCUGCUGCACUCCCUAGCUCCUGUGGUGUCAUCUACAAGAGCUUUGCUCAGUGUCUCCUCACUCUGGGGGACAGUCUGGGUGACACACAGAAAGAGCAGAGCACACAGGACAUUGACACAGUCUGCAGAUCAUGGGAUGCAUUCCAUGUGUGUGCGAAUGCGGCACUUGCCGGUUGUCCUGGAGACGCAGCGGCUGUGUGGGAGUCUCUGAGGCAAGAGUCCAGGAAGACACAGUUUUCUGGAAACCUUUAUGACAUGUGUGCCAGCCGCACCACACUGGCACCCAAUACAGUGCCCGUGCCACCCUCCCAGAGCCCACCAGCAUCAGACCAGACCAAUCAAGAAACUCUAAAAGGGUACACACUUCACCUUGGACCUGCCUACACCACGCUUUUGCUCUCAGCAUGCAUCUCUCUACUGUUCCUGCUCAGGAUGUAGCCUUGGCCUCCCUCAGACUGCUAUAGGUUCUCUGUGAGCCUUGUGUUUUACUGGACUGAGCAUAAAAUGAACCAACACACACCGGUAAAAAAAAACUCACUCCAACACAUACGCAAGCACACAUCCCCUCACUCCAAAAAGCAUACCUCCUCCAACACACAUACACACACAGGCAUGUACAUGUACACACACAAACACACACACAGAAACGCAAGAAAGCACUCCCAAGCGUUAUGGACGUCAUUUUUAUGCAUAUUAUGUAAAAUAACGUUUCCAUGUCAACCUCUCUGUGCAAUUUUCUGUAUACCACCGAUCAGUGAUAAGAGGGAAGUACUGACAUUACUGAUAGAGGUGCUCUAUAAUCUACACAUUAUGUGAACUCUGUUUUUAUAUGUGACAUGUGGGGCAACUAUUUUUCUGUCUUAUUGGAUCAUGUUGUCAGGCAUGGUUUGUCUGAUAGAAAUAACAUCUAUGUAAAAUAUUCUGUAACAAGUGUUGUUUUUGUGCUCAAUGGUGGAUCUAUUCAUAAUUAUUUAAGAGAUAAAUACCUCACAUGCAACUUGUAAAUAAGACUAAGCAAUUAGCCCAUUAAAUGAAUUAUCUGACUUCAUAAGAUAAAUAACAAUAUGCAAGAGACUACAGUUAUACUAUGUGCAAUCAAGUAUUAUGCUGACUAAUAUCAAGGAAUUGUCACGAGAAGCAAAUAUCAAAGCAAGUAUUACUGAAUAACUUUAUAAAAUGAAUGGAUUCACAUACAAGACAUAAAGCUUAAGCUAAAGCAUUAACAAGCAUUAUUCUAGGCAUGGUCAGAGAGAGAGACAAAGACACCAUAGCUUGAGCCAUGGCACAUAGCUCAUGGGAGAAAGUAAGAAAGAAAGACAGAGUAUCUCACCACAGCAGUUCAGGAACAAAAAAUUGAAAAAAAGAAUCUAAGACCUUUUAUAACGUCUGAGUUGUUUGGAUUCAGAAUCUGAGUUGUUGACCAAUAGUAUUACUGUAAAAUUAGAUAUCAGAUAUCAGACCUACGGAACCUCUGCUACCCAGAGGUGUGACAACGGGGGUUGGUGAGAUCAACAGAGAAUACUAAAUUCCUAAGACAACACAGAGGAAUCCUUGCACAGUUGAUAAGUCACUUUGGGGGCGGGCCCGCCCUACACCUGUAUACACUUUCGUGUUUUUAUAUGAGCUAUAAAAGAGUUCACCUGUAAAAUGUAUUUUACUCAGCCACCACCUGACUAAAUCCCUAUAUUCCCCAAUCAUUGAUUCGUGCAUUGCCUGUGUGGGCACUGGGCAUGGAAUAGCCACCACACACAGUGUGCCUGUGGACUUAAUAUGUAAUGAUUCAUCAUAAUGUAAAAAUGAUAUCAGAAGCUGCACUUCACUUAGAUACAUGUUUGUUUUCAUAGUUUCAUGUGAGAUUGCUCAGAGCAGUUGCUUUAAGGGGUGCAUGCUUUGUUUCAUUCAAUUGUAAAAUGUGAAAUCAGACACACAGCUGAUUAAUCCAGACAGUUAGAUUUGUAAUAAAAUAUAUUAACA